AGUUUAUGAAUUUUUCAACUGGACGGAUAUACAGACUUAUUAUAAAGCUUGCUCCUCUCUCUGCGAUAUCAUGGGCGACCUGUGCCAUGCAUGGACCUACAGACCUUCCUUAUCGAUUGUUAUUAUUAUGGUAUCAAUUUCAUGUAUGGUGCAUUGUUCAGAGAAUGCUGGAGCCAUUGGAAAAGUGUACCCACGAGGGAAUCACUGGGCAGUAGGUAAGAUACCUAUUAUUGUUGCUAUUUAUAUAACAGAAUAAUACAUUAUUAUUGAUAAUAAAAUUACAAAUUGUUAUUAUUAUUAUGAUCUACUUCGUUUUUUGAGAUUGUGCUGGAUAUAUGAAAAAUGUGUUUAGAGAUAAAACAUUUUUUAAAAGAUGGAAACCUUCACUGCACAUACCAUGCCUAAUGGUGUAACACUUUUAUGAUUAAAUUGUUGAACUGAUGUAAAAAAAAAUAAAAAAAAAAAAUAAUAAAUAAAAAAUAAAAAAUAAGGACUUAAUGUGGACAGCCGACUGUUGCCUAUGUUUUGUAUAAUCACAUUUUUCUAAAGUUGGUUACCCAGAAAGAUUAGUAUGCUAUUUGGUGGGCAAAUUACAUUUCCUGUGAAAAGUUUAAGUGAAAUGUUCCUGGGUGUUUGAGAAAGCUCAGAGCAAACAACGAGAUUGUGAAGCAGGACAUUGGUUGUUCAAAUAACAACCCAGCGCUGAAUGGUCUUACUCUCUCUCCAACCCGGAAGUGGACUCAACAGAACACUAACUUCAAUAUUCAAUCUUCCUCAAUGUUCAUCCAUACAUUCCUUAUACAUUCCUUAUGUACAAACUUUUUUUUUUUUAGGUCACUUAAUGGGGAAGAAAAGCCUUGACAGUCUCUCUGGAUCAGAGGAGAGUAGCAACAGGGACAGUGAAUAUGUAUAUAUACCUUCUCCAGAGGAAGACAAGCUGCUGGAUAGAUAUGUGCAGCCGUCCAAGCUGGUGAAAGGCUUAAUCAGGGCUCUGGGGGGACUGGAGAACCAGAGACAGACCCAGACCCAGAGACAGGGACAGGAACAGGUUUUCUCUCGGAUGGGGGUUCUCAAGACCACAAAGUGGGAAGAGACAGACAGACACCGAUACCUCAAACAGGUUAGUAAUGGUAAGAGGUUAGUGUCAAUUAGGUGAAUGCUGUUACUCCAGUCUUUCCCUUUAUAGUAUCUAUGUACUCAUCGCAUCACAGUUACCAUUCAACAAGCCAGCUCUAUGUACUCAUCGCAUCACAGUUACCAUUCAACAAGCCAGCUCUAUGUACUCAUCGCAUCACAGUUACCAUUCAACAAGCCAGCUCUAUGUACUCAUCGCAUCACAGUUACCAUUCAACAAGCCAGCUCUAUGUACUCAUCGCAUCACAGUUACCAUUCAACAAGCCAGCUCUAUGUACUCAUCGCAUCACAGUUACCAUUCAACAAGCCAGCUCUAUGUACUCAUCGCAUCACAGUUACCAUUCAACAAGCCAGCUCUAUGUACUCAUCGCAUCACAGUUACCAUUCAACAAGCCAGCUACUGCUCUCCUCAUUUCCAGUUGGCUAUUUAUCAGAAUAUAAAUGUUUGACUUCAUUCUUAACUUAAUGUUUGAGUUCAGUAGUAACAACAUGUUUAUGAAGUGUGAUUAUUUAAAACCAGUAAUUAUAUUUUAUUGCAGGUUUACUUGGUUCAGAUAUGAGUACUAAAUUGUUGUUUUCCUGCAUUUCCUCUCCGUAGCUGACAGACCUCAUUCGACUGGCUUACAACAUGAAGGAAAACACCGUCUUCAACUGAAGACCGCUCUUGACUGCAGCUCUCCUAUGAUGAACGACACUACACGCCUCAGAGACUCAGUUCGAAUCAUUGCAUCCAGCACACCUGUUCACAAUGUUUUGAAAACAUAUAGCCUAUAUUAGAGUUUACUUU